CACUCUCUCUGUAUCUUUCUUCGGAUCCAAGCUAGAGAUUCUCGCUUCUCCAUGGAAGCUCCAGAAGGUUCCGCGACUCCGGCGAAGUCCCCAAACCCUAAUUUGACCUCCAAGGUCAGAGUCAUCGUUAGGGUUCGGCCCUUUCUUCCACACGAAAUCGCCGCCCUCGACGGCGAUCAGACUCCCUGCGCCUCCGUUCUCGAACUGGAAUCCCAGCCGUCCACUGACGAUGUGGUUGUUCAUCUCAAAGAUAAGGACACUAGCCGGAAGGAGUGUUAUCGAUUAGACGCCUUCUUUUCGGAGGAGGACAAGAAUGUUGCUAGGAUUUUCUACAGGGAAGUGAGCCCUUUGAUUCCUAGAAUCUUCCAAGGCUUCAAUUCCACUGUGUUUGCUUAUGGAGCUACCGGGAGCGGAAAGACUUACACUAUGCAGGGGACGGAUGAGAUGCCGGGGUUUAUGCCACUGGCCAUGUCCACGGUCCUAUCUAUGUGCCAGUGCACAGGAGGCACAGCGGAGAUUUCGUACUAUGAGGUCUAUAUGGACAGGUGUUAUGACCUGUUAGAGGUCAAAUCUGAGGAAAUUUCUGUUUUGGAUGACAAAGACGGUCGGAUUCAUCUGAGGGGGCUUUCUCGGGUGCCUAUAAAGUCAAUGCAAGAGUUUGAUGAGGCCUUGUCUUGUGGGAUUCAGAGGCGGAAAACGGCACAUACGGGUCUUAAUGAUGUCUCUAGCAGGAGCCAUGGGGUCCUCGUGAUUUCUGUUUACACUUGUGAUGAUGUUUCUGGUACUGUUGUUACUGGGAAGUUGAACCUCAUAGACUUGGCAGGCAUUUUUACAUGGAAGUCAAGCCUCAUAGACUUGGAAGGCAAUGAAGACAACCGAAGAACUUGCAAUGAAGGGAUUCGUCUCCAAGAGAGUGCAAAGAUCAAUCAGUCAUUGUUCUCACUGUCAAAUGUGAUUUAUGCAUUAAACAACAACUUGACCCGAGUUCCAUACAGAGAGAGUAAAUUGACCCGCAUAUUGCAAGACUCGCUAGGUGGGAUGAGCCAGGCUUUGAUGGUUGCUUGCUUGAAUCCAGGAGAGUAUCAGGAGUCAGUUCACACUGUCAGCUUGGCAGCUCGGUCACGUCACAUCACCAAUUUGGUUCCUUCUGCUCACAAGCAAGAAACACCAAAGGCUAAAGUAGACAUGGAAGCUAAACUUCAUACUUGGCUUGAAUCCAGAGGAAAGACAAAGAGUGUACAAAGAGUUCAACCACUGAGUUCUCCUUUUUUGGGGAAACCUCCACUCUCUUCCUCUAAGAAAUUUAACAUCAACCUCAGCUCACUGAAGAAGCUUAAUGCUAACCAACGGGAUGGAAAAGGAAGGACAAUCACUACCGCUGUUAGGAAUUUAUUUGACGAAGGUCCAGUUGAUACUAAUGCGGAGAGCCUCCUAAAUGCUGCUAAGGAUAAGAGCCACGCUGAAGCUGGUGGAUUUACAAGCUUACCUGGUGUGUCAUCAAGCCAUGACGAGAACUCUACAAGCUUCGUUAAUUCAUCACCUGUUGAUGAGAGGAAAAGCACAUUCAAAAGUCCUUUGAGAAAAGCUAUGUCCCCUGUCAAUACAAAUAUCAAUCCAAAACCGUUGGAUGAACUGAUAUCUGUUGAGCCAAGGACACCCAAGACCCCUUUUCCUGUCACUUGUAUGGACAACAGAUUCCAGAAUCCAGGAACCCCACUAGAGAAAUUCACUGCUUGUGGGUCUCAAGUGAAGAACUACCUUGUUCAAGAGUAUGUUGACUUCUUAAACACAGCCAACAGGGAGGAGCUACUGGAAAUCAAGGGAAUUGGAGGAAAAUAUGCAGACUACAUACUCGAACUGAGAGAAACAAGCCCUUUACUUUCGCUUAACGACUUGGAAAAAGUAGGGCUCUCUUCUAAGCAGAUACACAAUCUGUUUAACAAAGCUGCAAUAGGAGUAUUCGAUCAACUAGGACAUGCAGCACCCAGCUCUGCAGUGGGUUCGCAAGUGGAGUAAGACUCGUAGCAGAUUCUGUAGAAUUGACUCCUUGGAUUCAAUACAGAUUUGAAUCAGAUAUUGUUGUAACAGCAAUUUUAGGAUGAUGAUCCAGUAUUAGGCAGAGGCUGUAGUAGAGACCUCUUAAAAACUUCCACGUAUUAGGCAGAGGCUGUGUGCUAAAAGAUUAUUUAGUUGACUUUGUCAUGCUUCCCUUUUCAUAUGUCAUUACCAUUACCUAAUUUCUUCAUCCUUAUCCCACACAUUAAAAUUAAAGUAAGAGAGAAGGUAGUUUUCAUUGCAUUAUAAUCAGAAAACUUGCACUAAUUCCUCACACACAUAGUACCAAUUUUAUACACAGAAAAUAGACACAAGCAGCCAUGACCUUGAUUCACCCUUCACAAAUCCUAGCCUAGUAGGAACUGCACAAAGAUGACCAGCCACAACUACUUUAUUCAGAAACACAACCCGAAAA